AUGACCAUCACGAACGGUGACGCCAUGGCGAACGGUGCUGCCGAUGCUUUGGACUUCACCAAGGCUCUUGAGGUGCUCAAGAAUGAGUACCCUGAGCGCGAUGGGAUUGACGUCAAGACCCUCAUUGACUCCAAGAAGAAUGGCGGACUUACCUACAACGACUUCCUAAUGCUUCCUGGCUACAUCGGCUUCCCUGCCGCCGAAGUCACCCUCGAUACCCCUGUUACGAAGCGCAUCACCCUCAAGACACCCUUCGUCUCCUCGCCCAUGGAUACUGUGACGGAACAUAACAUGGCCAUUCACAUUGCUCUCCUGGGUGGCUUGGGCAUAAUCCACCACAACUGCUCUCAGGAGGACCAGGCCGAAAUGGUGCGCAAGGUCAAACGAUUCGAGAACGGCUUUAUCCUCGAUCCUGUCGUCAUCUCGCCCAGCACUACUGUGCGCGAGGCCAAGGCGUUGAAGGAGUCCUGGGGUUUCGGUGGUUUCCCAGUCACUGAAAACGGAAAGCUCCGGUCCAAGCUCGUCGGUAUCAUCACUCCUCGUGAUGUGCAGUUCCACGACAAUCUGGACGACCCGGUCUCCGCCGUCAUGUCCACCGACCUCGUAACUGCCGACCUGGGCAUAGAUUUGCGCCAGGCGAACGACAUCCUCAGCAAGUCCAAGAAGGGCAAGCUUCCCAUCGUUGACGAGGAAGGCAACCUUAUUGCCCUGCUCUCCCGCUCCGAUCUCAUGAAGAACCUCCACUACCCUCUUGCCUCCAAGCUGCCCCACUCGAAGCAACUUAUCGCCGCCGCCGCCAUCGGCACCCGACCGGAGGACAAGAACCGUCUGCAGAAACUCGUUGAUGCAGGCCUCGACAUUGUCGUGCUCGACAGCUCUCAGGGUAACUCCAUGUACAUGAUCGAGAUGGUCAAGCACAUCAAGGAGAAGUACCCUGGUCUCGAUGUGAUUGCUGGAAACGUCGUCACUCGUGACCAAGCUGCUGCCCUGAUUGCUGCCGGAGCUGACGGUCUCCGCAUCGGUAUGGGUAGUGGAAGCGCGUGCAUCACGCAGGAGGUCAUGGCCGUGGGACGCCCUCAAGCUACUUCGGUCUACAACGUCACCCAAUUUGCUAAGCGUUUCGGCGUUCCUUGCAUUGCUGACGGUGGCAUUCAAAAUGUCGGCCAUAUCGUCAAGGGUCUUGCCUUGGGUGCUACGACCGUUAUGAUGGGUGGUCUCCUUGCUGGUACCACCGAAUCACCGGGUCAGUACUACGUUAGCAAUGACGGCCAGCUCGUCAAGGCCUACCGUGGUAUGGGCAGCAUCGACGCAAUGGAGGACAAGAAGGCUGGAGCUGGCAGCAAGGACGCGAAGGCCAGCAACGCCGGAACUGCACGCUAUUUCUCAGAAGGUGACCGCGUCCUCGUCGCCCAGGGAGUUUCGGGCUCUGUCCGCGACCGUGGUUCUAUUACCAAGUUUGUGCCCUACCUCAUGGCUGGUGUACAACACUCUCUGCAAGAUAUUGGUGUGAAGAGCUUGAAGGAUCUCCAGGAGGGUGUUGCGAAUGGCACCGUGAGAUUCGAACUCCGAACCGCGAGCGCGCAGGCUGAGGGUAACGUGCACGGCUUACAUAGCUUCGACAAGAAGCUCUACUCAUAG